GAUAAUAAUAAGAUUGGGCAUGUAUGUCCAUAGAUUGGGCAGUCCAGUCUUAAGACUGGCCACUCAUUUGUCACUGUCGGAAGAUUGACCUGGCCAGUCUCAAGACGGGCGCGUUUCAAGAUUGGGCAGAACAUGUCCACCAGUAGUGGGGUUAGGGUCAACCAAAGUCUGCUUUUCUUGCAGCUUUAUACUUUUGUUGCAUGGACUCCUUCAAUAAGUGGCUGUUUUUUGCUACUAUUUGUACCAUAUUUUUAUUGGGUAUAUUUAUAUAUAUUUUGCUUAUAUAUAUAUUUGCCUAAAAAUACCUUUGCCUUUAGUGUCAGCUAUAUUAAUCUUUCAUUGAAAUGAAUAGCAGUAAUAGUAUUGCACUAACACUUCACGAAUUUGAAGCUUUAUGUCACAAAUUUGUUCCUUUGGUGCAUAAAAUUUUUACUGGGAAGGAUCCAUCUUGUCAUAGACAUCAAAUGUACAACAUGGGCGGGAAAAAAAAGGCACAACUUCGAAACUUUAAUGCAUCCAAUGUGUUUACUGAUGAGCAACAUGAAAUAGUAGCAAGCAUCCUUGUCAAGAAGUACUGCAGUGAGCAUUCAAAAUACUUUGAUUAUGUAUUUAAAGUUAUGAUCCCAGAACUUGAGAAAAGAAUAGUAAUGGAAGUUUUUAAAGUUUUUCCUGAGCAGGCUAAAGACAUUUUGAAUCAUGGCAAAGAGAUGCUAGAAUAUAUGUUGAAUGAUAAAAUAUGUCAGUGUAAAAUCAUAUUUCUCAAUGACGAAGAUAAAGAGCUGAUGUGGAUAAAGGAGUACAUUCCAAGUGAACCAGUACAGCAAUCGUUUGACGUAGCAAAUAAAGAUGUGUCGGAAACUUCACAGUUAACAAGUAAUUAUAGUGAACCAGUUAAGCAAUCAAUUGACGUAGCAAAUGAAAAUGUGUCGGAAACUUCACAGUUAACAAGUGAACCAGUACAGCAAUCGUUUGACGUAGCAAAUAAAGAUGUGUCGGAAACUUCACAGUUAACAAGUGAGCCAGUUCAGCAAUCUAUUGACGUAGCAAAUAAAGAUGUGUCUGAAACGUCACAGUUAACAAGUGAGCCAGUUAAGCAAUCUAUUGACGUAGCAAAUAAAGAUGUGUCUGAAACGUCACAGUUAACAAGUGAGCCAGUUCAGCAAUCUAUUGACGUAGCAAAUAAAGAUGUGUCUGAAACGUCACAGUUAACAAGUGAGCCAGUUCAGCAAUCUAUUGACGUAGCAAAUAAAGAUGUGUCUGAAACGUCACAGUUAACAAGUGAGCCAUUUCAGCAAUCUAUUGACGUAGCAAAUAAAGAUGUGUCUGAAACGUCACAGUUAACAAGUGAGCCAGUUCAGCAAUCUAUUGACGUAGCAAAUAAAGAUGUGUCGAAAACUUCACAGUUAACAAGUGCACAAGUAGCAUUGCUUAACGCAAUUAACAAUCACAACAUUGGAGCAGCGAAAAAAGCUUUGAAGACUUGGGAACAAGAAGAUAUAGAAAAACAUGUUGCUGCAGCUCCUUCUGCACGUAGAAAAGUUGUCUGUCCUGUCUGCAGUCGUGAGGUUGUGAACUUAAAAGUUCAUUUGAUGUCUCGAAAACAUUUAUGGACAAAAGAGAAAGCUGAGAGUGCCCGCAUUAACUUCAAAUUAAAUCUGGAGAGGAAACCGCUUGAGUCUUCUAUUCGAAAAUCUAAACAACGUUUUCAUGUUCGCCAAAUAUGCCCGCUUUCUCAUUGCAUGAAAGAAGUGAAAAGACUAGGAAACCAUUUGCGGCAAUUUCACAAAAUAACUCCUUCCAAAGUUGUACAACACGUGAAAAAUGCUCAAAAAGUGUUGUCAAGUGAAGACGAAUCUUCGGCGUCUGAAAGGGCAACUUCUGACGAGGAAGAAUAUACUUCAAAGGUGAAAAAACUUUAUAGUAAAGACUUGUUCCAUCGUGGAGUAGGCAUGCACGAAGAAUGCGACUCAGAUGAUUCUGAUUGGCUUUUAUCUACGUUUGGGGAUAUUCACGGCUCACGAAUAUUGACCAGCAACAAAAAUGAAAACGCCAAAUGUUCUGACAACGUAGAUUUUGAAAACCACGGGAAUUUAUCCACAGACAAUGACUCUGACAACUCCUCCAAGUCAAACUCUGCCUUAGAUGCUGAAUGUACGGAGCUAUCGGAUUAUGAAGACACGGAGGACAAAUUCUAUGUCACUUCACAAGCAGAUGACAUUGUGCUUGAAAGUUUUAAGUCUUGGUUGAUUAGUGCUGAUGGUGGUUACAGACCUGAAAGGACAAGUAAGCAACACAAAAAUGUUAUUCUCGCUAUUCUUAAUCACCGAAGUAAUAUUGAACCACUGAAAUUUUCAAAUCUAGUAGAAAAGGAAUUCCUUGAAAGCUGGAUCCAGAUUUGUGAUAAAUCGAAACAACCUGGGACAAUAAAAACAUACCUUUGCUCUGUUUUAUGUUUUUACGAUUAUUGUGAAGUGACAGGUUGUGGCUUAUUACCAUCUGAACUUAUAGGUAGAAUGAGAACAGUAAUAAGGAAGUGGGGUCACAAUCUAAUAAAAAAGAUCCAAGUAAGAUCGUACGAAAAACAGCUAAAUGACUUGAAUCGUUUGCCUACGCCUGAAGAACUGCGAAAGUAUGAUUGCUCAAAAGUGGUUCAGUAUUCCAAAGCAUUAUUAAAAAAUGCUACAUGCAAAGACUCCUGGACAAGGAAAGAAUUUUGUGCAAUUCGAGACUACCUGAUAUCUACUUUAAUUAUGGACAAUGCUAGCAGAUCAGGUGCAAUUGCCAACAUGUUGUUAGAAGAAGUAGGAAAUACCAAUAACUCGGACGGGGGAUGCACAAUUGCAGUGAAGAAACACAAAACAGGCUACAAAGGACCUGCUUUCAUUACAAUGACUAUUGAAACUUUUAAGAACUUAACAAAUUACAUCCGUUAUGUCAGGAAUUCUUUACAAGGAAUCAAUUCUGGCGGUAAAGAACCUGUAUUUGUUAGCUGGGCUGGAAACAAAAUGGCUUCUUCCAUGGUCACUGGGCAACUCUCAAGCUUUUGGGCUCAAGCUCUUGGCCGUGAUUGUGGCGAUUUGACCACAACCUUAGUUCGAAAAUAUGCUACCACAACGAUUCAUAAAAAUCAACCGGAAUUAAAGCAAGCCACUGCUAAUCUUUUAUGUCAUGCUGAACGAACGGCAUCAAUGUCAUAUAACUUAAUUGAUAAACAGAGAAGAGCCUUUCAGACAAGUCAGCAAGUUAGGGAGGCUAUGAGGACAGAUUUCGAUACGAAUGAAAUAAAUUUGGACUUACAAGUCAACGACCUUAAAGAAAUAUUUUCUUCUGAAAUCAACGAUGGUUUUGUGUCGACCGAGAUUAUACGGGAUAGAAUUUCCUCAGACGCAAGGUUAAGCGAUUUAAAUGGGAACGAGAAGAAGGAAAAGGCACUGCUAGAUUCUGUGCGGUAUAUUAUAAAAAAAGAAGGAACUCAUACCAAAUCUGCUGAUGAAAGGGUUACCGAGAAGGUACCUGAUACUCCUUCGGCGAAAUGUAUUAGCAUGUCCAGACAACGUAAAAAGUAUACCGAUUCUGAUAACACGAUAAUUUGGAAAUGUUUAGGUGAUCAGAUCAGAGAUACGAAUAAUGCGAUAUCUCGAGCAGAAUGCACUGAAAUUAUCAAAAAUACUCCUAUGAUGGCACAAUUGGUGUCAAAAUUUGGCAUGCACUCACUUAUUAUUAAAAUAAGAACUGAAAGAGCUAAGUUUUUAAAUGAAACCUAGUGGAUAUGGUCGAUGACGAAAUUUUAUCAAGAGAAUUGUUUUGUUAUUUUUAUCGUUUUUUUUUGUUAUUCAGUUUUCAUUGUGUUUCAUAUGCACGGUCAUAAAAUAGCGUUUUGUUUUCAUGCUUCGUACAACAAGGUAGGAAUCCGUAACUAUAAAGAAAUUUACUUACUUUUCUUUACGAUAAAACUAUAAAAUGCAAUGGAUGUAAUGUGAUAAUUAAGUUGUUAAAAUAAACCUGGUGGAAUAUAAGCUAUGGUGUGUUUUUGUUAGAAGCAAAAGUUUUUAUGGACUUUUUUUAAUUCUUGUAUUUAAUCUAUACGGCUUUAUUCUUUGGCAGAAAAUGCUAGAUUCGUUUGACGGUUUGUUUUUCUAUGCUGCGUAAAAAAACGAUAUCUACAGAAAUUAUGUUUUUUUCUUCCUUUAUAUGAGUUUGUCAACCUUUUUAGAGUUGAUUUACAGUUGAAAGAAUUUUGCGCUUUA